AUGGCAAACUCUACUGUUGAUAUGAUGCUUGGUGGGUUGGAGAGUGACAAAGAAUCCUCACCUCUCGAGACCUCUGUAAUCAUACCGAAUAGUGUCCUCAAUGCUCUACUGAUACCAAUAUGCAUCGCUGGCAAUGUUUUGGUAUUAGCCGGCAUAUGGAGAAAUCCUUCCCUACCCACUCCGUCAUUUUGCUCUGCAGUCUUGCUGUUUCUGAUCCUUUUGUUGGGUUUCUUGCUCUUCCACUUGACAUUGCCAUCGCCCUUACACCGCUUUCUCGGGUCAGUUCUUAGUCGCGUCUGUCACAAGCAAGAAUCUUCCUCAUUAUUCAACUCUGCUGUGUUUCCCUUGAAACAAUGA